AUGGGAUGGGAUGGGACAGGACCCGACACAAAGGGACAUGAUGAGACCUUGCCUGACAGAGACAUAAAGGGAUGGGAUGAGAUGGGACGUACAGAACCUGACACAGAGGGACGGGAUGGGACAGAACCUGACACAGAGGAACAGGAUGGGACAAUACCUGACACAGAGGGGCAGGAUGGGACAGGACCUAACACAGAGGGACAGGAUGGGACAGAACCUGACACAGAGGAACAGGAUGGGACAAUACCUGACACAGAGGGACAGGAUGGGACAGAACCUGACACAGAGGGACAGGAUGGGACAGAACCUGACACAGAGGGACAGGAUGGGACAGAACCUGACACAGAGGGACAGGAUGGGACAGGACCUGAUACAGAGGGACAGGAUGGGACAGAACCUGACACAGAGGGACGGAAUGGGAUAGGACCUGAUACAGAGGGACAGGAUGGGACAGAACCUGACACAGAGGGACAGGAUGGGACAGGCCCUGAUACAGAGGGACAGGAUGGGACAGACCCUGACACAGAGUGA